GCAAAUAACGGCGAACAAUCAUUGGGUUGGAGGUGGAGGUUCCACGCACAGAAGGUCAUUCAGUUCCUCCGUUAAUGCUAUCAGUAUAAAUGGAAACAGUGGCACCACCGACAGUACCUCUUUCAAGUGCAGCCCUAUCGUUUGGAGUGGCAUUGCUUUCUCCUUCUUUGGAAGCGCUGAUGAUGAGCGGACCGAAGCGCAGAAGACGGAGGACGAAAUCAUUCUGUUGCUGAAAAGAGCGAAGUACAGCAUGAUGCAAGGGGAGUUAGAAGCUGCCAGUGGUUACUUACAUCAGGCCAUCAGACUGGCUCACCAGAGCCACAACACACAAGCCAUAAUCUACACGUACAGUCUGAUGGCAAAUCUUGCUUUCGUUCAAGGUCAGCUGACCAAUGCGGAGAAACUUUUCAAAGCAGCCAUGAGUUUCAUGCUGUCUGGAGGAGCUGCGCAGGAUGACAAUGCCGUCAUUGAGAUGUCUCUGAAGCUGGCCACCAUAUAUGCCACUCAGAAUAAGAGUGAACUGGCAGAACAUGGUUUCAAUUUCUGCUUGGAAUCUCUUGAAGGUAAACUUGAGAAACAGAAGGAUCUUCCUCCAGAUGCUUUAUCAGAUGAAGAGCGUAAGGAUACGCGGUUACUGCUGGGUCUCAGUCUGGAUUCUCGCGCCCGUUAUCGGGCUGCCUCACACCGAUUGGCUGACGCCUGCCAUGACUACCAGCGUGCCCUGCAGAUCUGUCUGGAGGAACAGGGUGACACCCACCCACAGACCCUGACGCUGAUGAGCGAUUUGGCCACGGCUCUGGACGGUUUGGGAAGGCAUGAGGAAGCCCUGGCACAGGUGAAGAAAGCGGUGGAGCUGGGGAGGGAGUCUGGACACCCCGACCAGCAUGUACUGGUCUGUAACAUGGCAGGAAUUCUAAUGCACCAAGGCCAGUUUGAGGAGUCUGAGAGGUUGUAUCGAGAGGCUCUGGUUCUGGCCCAGACAGCUGGGGAUGGAGAGGCUGUUGAACAGUGUGAGGAAGGCCUAAAGGAGCUGAGCACCAGGAGGGCUGGACAGACACAGGACAAGGCAGACCAUCCGGCAGAAAAGGAAUGAUUCACCAAGUACGCUCCCUGUACACACUCCAGUCCCUGAAACGGUGAUGUAACAGCUCCGGUGAACUGCCAAGAAGCUGAGUCAACAACUUUUGUGUCGGUUCACUAUUUUUUACCUUCCUAACCCCGUCCUCGCCGUCCUACGCCAUCUAGUGGUUGUGAUGGUAACUUCAGUUAGUCGACCUCUCCACUGCCAUUUGUUGCUUCAAGUGCUUUUAGCCCUGAACACCCUCAGAGACACAGCUGUAUGUUGAAAAAACCAACGGAUGUGUACAUUCUUUCUGAAUGACAUCAAAGUCACACGC